AAAGCAUGCUGCAUUAAACGGCAAUUCGUUUCGUUUCCAUUUCGCAACAGUAUUAUUUUGUUUCUACGUGAUUUCCCGGCAAAGCAAAACCUCAGCAACAAAACAAUGGCGCUUAAAACCCUAUCCACUUUCCUCUCACCUCUUUCUCUUCCCAACACCAAAUUCCCGCAAUUCCUCACCAUCAAGCCUUCCCUCAUUCUCUGCGAAUUCCCUCGCUCUCAGAAAUCGCGUUUGCUCGCCGCCGAUUCGGAAGGCACCGGCGCCGCCGCUCCUUCUCCCGGCGAGAAGUUCCUCGAACGCCAGCAGUCCUUCGAAGAUGCUAAGAUCAUUCUCAAAGAAAACAAGAAGAAGAGAAAGAAGAAAGACAAUGCUAUAAAAGCUUCUAGAGCCGUCGCUUCUUGCUACGGCUGCGGCGCUCCGUUACACACUUCCGAUGCCGAUGCCCCUGGCUACGUUGAUCCCGAAACCUAUGAAUUGAAGAAGAAACACCACCAGCUUCGAACCGUUCUGUGUAGGCGGUGCCGGCUUUUGUCUCAUGGCAAGAUGAUAACUGCCGUUGGAGGGCACGGAGGAUAUCCUGGCGGUAAAUUAUUCGUCACUGCUGAAGAGCUUCGAGAAAAGUUGUCUCACCUGCGUCACGAGAAAGCUCUAAUCGUCAAAUUGGUUGAUAUUGUUGACUUCAAUGGCAGUUUUUUGUCUCGUGUGCGAGAUCUUGCUGGUUCUAAUCCAAUAAUAUUGGUGGUGACUAAGGUUGAUCUCCUUCCUAGAGAUACUGAUCUUCAUUGUGUUGGGGAUUGGGUUGUAGAGGCUACUAUGAGAAAGAAGCUAAAUGUUCUCAGUGUCCAUCUGACCAGUUCCAAAUCAUUGGUUGGAAUAACUGGAGUGAUAUCGGAAAUCCAGAAAGAGAAGAAGGGACGAGAUGUUUACAUUCUGGGUUCAGCUAAUGUUGGGAAAUCUGCUUUCAUCAAUGCUUUACUAAAAACAAUGGCUAUAAAUGAUCCAGUGGCUGCAUCUGCACAAAGAUACAAACCAAUACAAUCUGCAGUUCCUGGAACUACCUUAGGGCCAAUUCAAAUUAAUGCUUUCCUAGGAGGAGGGAAAUUGUACGACACUCCUGGAGUUCAUCUCUACCAUAGGCAAACUGCAGUUGUUCAUUCUGAAGAUCUACCCAUCCUUGCUCCACAAAGCCGACUGAGGGGCCUGUCUUUCCCAAGUUCUAUAGUAUCUUCAGUAGAGGAAGGAGCUUCCACCAUAGUGAAUGGCUUGAAUGCAUUUUCAAUAUUUUGGGGAGGUCUUGUUAGAAUUGAUGUCUUGAAGGUUCUCCCAGAAACUUGUUUGACAUUUUAUGGACCCAAGAGAAUACCAAUUCAUAUGGUACCCACAGAGCAAGCAGUUGAAUUUUAUCAGACAGAACUUGGAGUUCUGCUGACCCCACCAAGUGGAGGAGAAAAUGCUGAGAACUGGAAAGGACUUGAAUCAGAACGUAAAUUGCUAAUUAAAUUUGAAGAUGUGGACAGGUAUGAUCCCAAACCAGCUUGUGAUAUAGCUAUAUCAGGUCUAGGAUGGUUUACUGUUGAGCCAGUUAGUCGGUCACUCAAAAUCUCACAACCAAAACCGGUAGAGACUGCUGGGGAAUUGAUUUUGGCUGUGCACGUCCCCAAGGCUGUUGAGAUUUUUGUGAGGUCACCAAUACCAGUAGGCAAGGCUGGAGCAGAGUGGUACCAGUAUGUAGAAUUAACAGAGAAACAAGAGGAAAUGAGACCAAAAUGGUACUUUUAAAUUCUGUGUGUUGUAUGUAUUAUUACUACUUGGAGAGAGAAAGAAGGGGGUUGCAUUUUCAUUUCUGACUUCUCCGACCGACCCAUUUUCCAUGUAUUAUUAAUGUGAUCAGUUUUCAAGUUGUACAACGAUGACAUCCUUUCAAAAGGAGGGAAAUUUAAAGAUAGCAAAGAGAUGACAUUUUAGUAUUUUACCAUUUUCUCUCAA